AUGGGUUCAAUUACUCCCACCUCUCUCCCACACUUCGAGGUCCUUAGGGAUACCAAGCCAGAAGACAACUCAUUGCCAGCCUUCAUGGUAUCAACAACCAGAGGUUUCCUUCCACGUACUGAACCUAUAAUCGCUCUUCCCUCCGAGUUCGAUGCUCUAGAAUCUAUCCUUCAACGCAUGCCUAUCAAGACUCUUGAUGGCAAGCCAGGUCUUCUAGCUACUUUCACCCUUGGAGAGACAGUUCUCAACGAGCUUCCAGAUCUUACUAACGCUAUCAAUAAGUAUCAAGAUAACUUACCACUUAUGAAUGCUCUUUAUCGCGACUACAGCUUCUUAGCUAGUGCGUACCUUUUGGAACCUUGUCAUGAGAGAUUCCUUAAAGGUGAAGAGUAUGGAUUAGGAAGACAAACUUUACCUAGGGUUAUUAGUUUGCCUAUCAGUAGAUGUGCUGAGCUUGCUGGUUUUAAACCUUUUAUGGAGUAUGCUGGCUCUUAUGCUCUUUAUAACUAUCGUCUUGAGGAUCCAGCUAAAGGCUACACAUACGAUAACUUCCGCCUCAUCCGUGCCUUUGAACAUGGUCUUGAUCACACUUCCAGUGAAGCUGGCUUUGUUCUCGUCCAUGUAGAUAUGGUUUCUAACUCUGGACCAUUGGUUGAUGGUGUUGUCAGUGCUUUAGAAGCAGUUGAGAAGCAUGAUCGAGAUUCUUUCGAGGGAGGCAUGAGAAAGGUUUUGGGAGCUAUGACUAAAGUUAAUGCUGUCAUGGAUGGCAUGUGGCAGAAAUCGAAGCCUGGUGAUUACACCUCUUUCAGAACAUUCAUCUUUGGUAUUACCAGCCAAUCUAUGUUUCCACAUGGUGUUAUUUACGAAGGUGUUUCUGAGGAACCCUUGAGUUUCCGUGGUGAAUCUGGUGCUAAUGAUUCUAUGAUUCCACUCAUGGAUAACCUCCUAAACAUUCCUAUGCCAACUACUCCUUUAACCUCAAUCCUCAAAGACUUCCGUUCAUACCGUCCAGGAAACCACCGUCAAUUUCUCGAACACAUUCAAAACGCCUCCUUGGCUGUUGAUCUCAAAUCCUUUGCUCUCUCUUCUCCUACAUCCACUGCUCUCUAUCUCCUCUGCAUGGACCAAGUUCGUGAUUUCAGAUGGCGUCAUUGGUGUUUCACUCGUGAAUACAUUCUUAAGAAAACCGCGCAUCCAGUUGCAACAGGUGGUUCUCCAAUCGUUACUUGGUUGCCCAAUCAACUCGGUGCCGUGUUGAGUGAAAUGACGAGAAUCUGGAAGGAAAUCGGUAACGACGGUGAGGGAAUGGGCGAGGAGAAAGAACACGUGAAGGAUGUUAUGGAGGCAGUCAUUAGACAGAAGGAGCAGUUGGAGAAAGAAGUUGAGAAGUAUUGUAAGGAGAGGGGUGUUAAUACUGCUGCAUCUUCUGCUUAG